GAUUAUCGUAUUUUCAGCGGCGUUUCUUAAUUCGCGAAUCGCAAUCGCAAUUAUUUCUCAGCCGAGGAGGAGGAGGAUUUAAAUCUCCGAUCACUACUGUCCGUAUUUAUAUAUCCAUUCGUGCUUCUUCUGCUUCGAACCUCAGUUUUUAACUGGUCGAACAUGGAACAGAAGAGAUGGGUGUUCUUGCUGGCAAUAUUUGCUUGUCUUCUUUUCUUUUCUCGUGGAAGAGUGGCAGUUCUCAAGUGGGAGACUGAUGAUGAUUCACCUGUUUACAACCAUACACUUGCCUUAACGCUUGUGGAGUAUACUUCUGCGGUAUAUAUGUCUGAUUUGACCGAACUCUUCACUUGGACAUGUGAAAGAUGCAAUGGUUUGACUAAGGGUUUCCAAGUGAUAGAGAUAAUAGUUGACAUUGAGCACUGUUUACAGGGAUAUGUUGGGGUAGCAAAGGAUCUGAAUGCGAUUGUCAUUGCAUUCCGGGGAACUCAAGAACACAGCAUACAAAACUGGGUCUCAGAUUUGUUCUGGAAACAGCUCGAUCUAAAUUACCCUGAUAUGCCAGAUGCAAUGGUUCACCAUGGCUUCUAUAGUGCUUAUCACAAUACAACAGUACGGCCUGCAGUUCUGGAUGCAGUAAAACGAGCGAAGAAGUUCUAUGGGGAGAACAUCAAGAUCAUGGUGACUGGUCAUUCAAUGGGAGGAGCCAUGGCUGCUUUUUGUGGACUAGACCUAGUUGUUAAUGAAGGAUAUGAAAACGUACAGGUCAUGACAUUUGGACAACCUCGUAUUGGGAAUGCGGCGUUUGCAUCUUAUUACAGUUUGCUUGUGCCUAAUACCUUCCGGAUCACGCAUGACCGAGAUAUUGUUCCUCAUCUGCCUCCUUUCUUUUAUCUUUUCCCUCAGAAAACAUACCACCACUUCCCAACAGAGGUGUGGGUGAGAGAUCUCAGUGUUUUGAAAAUUGUUCGUUUUGGUAUUGAGAAAGUUUGUGACAACACCGGUGAAGAUCCUACAUGCUGCAGAUCGGUGAUGGGAAGUAGCAUAUCCGACCACUUAACGUACUUUGGGGUGGAGUUGAUGUGCGAGACUUGGAGACAAUGCAGCAUAGUGAUGGGCCACGAGUUGGAGAGUUACAGCAGAAGAGAUUCCAAGGGUAACAUAUUCCUCUCCCGGAUAGAUCCUUCCCCGGAGGUAACUGAGUCGAAAACUAUAUCCACAACCACAACCGGAGUCUCCAGUAUUUAGGAGCUGGUUGAUGAGAGCGUUGAGCAAGAAUGCUUGCUUGGAAGGGAGAGUUUGGGAGACUCAGAGGUGGAGGACGAAGAAGGGUUCUUUGAUUAUUUGUGGUCGUGUAAGAUAGUGUACAGAUAAUAAACUAAGACGUUGUAAAUAGGUCGUACUCGUCGGUUGAUAUAUAAAUAAGAAAGCAUGUUAAACUUUUUA